AUGUGGACGCUGGUCUCGUCGAGCACUACUGUUGCCCCUGGAUCAAACGAAUUCAGCUUGCCCAAUGAAGGCAUUGCUCACAUAAUUGUGAGUGCAGAAUCCAACCAUGCUGAAGUAGUGCGCGUAUUGGAUCCACGCAUGCAACGGGAACUUGGCCGCAUCAUCGCUGGACCUUUUGGGGUCAAGUUGGAAGCUGUCAACGAAAAGUUGACUAUUAUACCUGGUCAAUCACAUGCGCCAUCUCCAUCCUCCGCCAAGUUCGAGUUACAGCCACGUACUGACAACCACUCGGAAGCAAUCUUCCUCCGUCAUGGCGACAUACUUAAUCUUUCCUCUUUAGAAUCAAGUUUCACCUGCCAAUGGACCGACUCCGAGGUCCAAGUCGACUCAUCGGCAGUUCCUAAUGCUCGUCGCAUAGCUGAAACCCCAGAAGAUGAAGUAGGUGAUGAGGGUUUGACUGAGUCUAAGCCUGACGCCAGAACUCAAAAUCGGCAUUUCCGGCUUCGAGCAACUCCACAGCUUCCACAACAACAAUCUUUUGUGGUCCAGGAGACCCCGACAGCAGCUCGACCAGAGCCAGUAUCAGAAACCUUUUCUACUGCUCGAACAAGUGAAUCACAGAACACGAAUGUUUUUCAAUCAACAGAAGUGCCAGCUAUCGGCUCAGUUAUGAACAAAACCAGGCCUUCACUUCGUAAAGCCGACAAAAGUUCUCCGCAAGUACAGAUUCCUCCGAAAUCCAACAGAAAGCGCAGCACCUCUGCUUUGCGGGAGAAUUUGAAGUUCGAACAAGAAGCACUUACAGUGGGGAUCAAACGUACAAAGACAAAUAACGACGAAGAUACACGAGAUGCUCGACUGAGUAGCAUUGAAACGACGUCUCAAAAAUCUGGCAAGAAGAGAAAGAAGCGUCCGACGAGUACGUCUCACACGGAAGCACUCGACGAGGCAGAAGAAGCGGAUUUGAUGCGAUCUCCUCAGAGCACCCAGGAUUCGACAUGCGUCACGACGGAAGUUUACGAUGGCCAUCCGCCAAGAGUAGCUUCUAGUAACUCUACCAUCACGAAAUCAAGUCAGGCAGUCAAACUGCUCAAGAAGCAAGGAGGGGCAUAUGUAGAAAAACUGACUGACGACUUCAACAUACUAUGUGUCAGAGACAGCGACCUUCAAAAGAAGACGAAGGUAUUAUAUGCGAUUGCCCGUGGGAUUCCCAUCGUUACGGAUGCAUGGCUUCUGGAAUCGGCAAAAGAGGGCCGUUUGCUCUCCUUAUCCGCUUACAAGCCUUCCACUUCCAAGCAAGAAGAGGAAUGGGGAUUCAGAUUCGACGAUGUGUUUGGCCAACCGCAAACGCCUUUUGAAGGCUAUACCAUUCAUUUCACAAAGAAUCUCAGGGGUGUAUACGAGUCAUUCCCUGAAGUCGUAGCAGUGUGCAAAGCUGCAGGUGCGAAAAACGUUACAUCUUCCAGGAUGAAUACAACCGGGGAUAAUAUUGUGCUUGCGAACAACUACGAAGAUGACCCAGAAGCGCAGAAACUGAUCAAAGAUGGCAUAACAUGCUAUACGAAAGAUCUCUUCACUAUCAGCAUCUUUCGCGGCUAUCUCGAUCUUGAGAGCGACGAGUUCAAGAUAGAAUCACCCAACGCAGAUAGCACGCCAUCGAAAGAGAAGAAGAAGAGAGGCCGAAAGACCAUGUAG